UCGGUCUGGGUCCCGGGCCACCCACGGGGCGGUGGGUGCUCUUUGGCCUUGGGCUCUGCAAAGCCCUGAAGGCAAGACUCACUGGGUGCUGUCCGUCCCCCCCCCCCCCGCCCCGCCCGGGGCUGACGCCCGAGGCUCUGCUAUGGACGGCAAGAGCGAAGUAGAUUUUUCCAGCAACAGCUUAACCACUUUGUGGCGGAGGCGUUCAGCCCCUCAGCCCCAGCUGAUGGGCCGGAGCAAGCCGAGGCCCCAGUCCUACCAGAGCCCCAGCGGGUUGCUGAUCACGGAUUUCCCGGUAGAGGACCGAGGGACGCUCCCCGCGGCGCAGACUCCGGCCCAGGUGCCCACCGCCUCCGACGGCAGGACGAUCCAGAGGAGCCCCCUGCUUCUGUGCGCCCAUCGGAGGUUGGUGACCAAUGGGAGCACCGUCUCCCCGGAGUACAGGGCUGUUUCUCCUCGGCUUCGACGGCCCAAGUCACCCCAGGAGCCUAGAGCGGCGUCGGGCGGCUACCCCAAAUCCCCAGCGAACGGCACUGCGACUUCGCUCGCGCAGCAGCCGCUGCACCGCCCGCGGACUCCUCAUGCGCCUGGCCCUUGCAGCCCCGAGGGGGACAGGGUCGGAUUCCCCGCCAGCCCCCUGCUUUCGCCUGCUGCAAAUGCGCUUACCCCAAAUACCGCCUCCCCAGGCGCCCGUUCGCUGUCCGGCCAGAUGGCUAAGGACCCUGAGCGGGGACCUUCGAGACUCUCUCCCGCGCCCCACAAAAGGUCUUUGGAGCAGAAACUCCCCCUCCAAAGGCUUCCCUCACAGGAGAACGAGCUCCUGGAGAAUCCUUCAGUGGUUUUGAGCACAAACAGCCCCGCCGCCCUCAAAGUGGGGAAACAGCAGAUCAUUCCGAAGAGCCUGGCCUCGGAAAUUAAAAUAAGUAAAUCCAACAGUCAGAAUGUGGAGCCCCACAAGAGACUGCUUAAGGUGCGCAGCAUGGUGGAAGGCCUUGGAGCGCCCCUGGGCCCCGCAGAGGACGAGGGCGAGGCGGAGAACGACUUGGACAGUCCGGGGUCUCUGCGGAGAGGCUUGAGGUCCACGUCCUAUCGCAGGGCGGUGGUCAGUGGCGUUGAUUUUGACAGUCCUACCACCUCGAAGAAGAAGAACAGAAUGUCCCAGCCUAUUCUGAAAGCAGUGAUGGAAGACAAGGAGAAGUUUUCCAGCCUGGGAAGGAUAAAGAAGAAAAUGCUGAAAGAACAAGGAACAUUUGAUGGGGAAGAAAACGCUGUUCUGUAUCAGAACUACAAAGAAAAGGCCCUUGACAUUGACUCUGAUGAAGAGUCGGAGCCCAAAGAACAGAAAUCAGACGAAAAGAUUGUGAUUCACCAUAAGCCACUGAGGUCCACGUGGAGCCAACUCUCUGCGGUGAAAAGAAAUGGAUUAUCUCAGACAGUUAGCCAGGAAGAAAGAAAGAGACAAGAGGCUAUCUUUGAAGUUAUAUCCUCUGAACAUUCAUAUUUACUCAGCUUGGAGAUCUUGAUACGAAUGUUUAAAAAUUCUAAAGCACUGAGUGAUACGAUGACCAAAACAGAGAGUCACCAUCUUUUCUCCAAUAUUACAGAUGUCUGCGAGGCAAGCAAAAAAUUCUUUACAGAGUUGGAAGCAAGACAUCAGAAUAAUAUCUUCAUAGAUGAUAUAAGUGACAUUGUGGAAAAACACACAGCAUCCACAUUUGACCCAUAUGUGAAAUACUGCACAAAUGAAGUCUACCAACAGCGGACACUACAAAAAUUGUUAGCCACCAACCCAUCUUUUAAGGAAGUUUUGUCCCGAAUCGAGUCCCACGAAGACUGUAGGAACUUACCCAUGAUCUCUUUUCUCAUUCUCCCCAUGCAGAGGGUGACCCGCCUUCCCCUGCUGAUGGAUACUAUCUGUCAAAAGACACCUAAGGACUCUUCAAAGUAUGAAGUCUGCAAAAGGGCCUUAAAGGAAGUAAGCAAGUUGGUUCGACUCUGCAAUGAAGGAGCUCGGAAGAUGGAAAGGACUGAAAUGAUGUACACAAUUAACUCUCAGCUGGAAUUUAAAAUUAAGCCUUUUCCUCUAGUCUCCUCUUCCCGGUGGUUGGUCAAAAGAGGUGAGUUGACAGCCUAUGUGGAAGACACUGGGCUUUUCUCAAAAAGGACGUCCAAACAACAAGUCUACUUCUUCCUCUUUAACGACGUGCUCAUUAUCACCAAGAAGAAGAGUGAAGAAAGUUACAAUGUCAAUGAUUAUUCCUUAAGAGAUCAGCUACUGGUGGAGUCUUGUGACAGCGAAGAGCUUAAUUCUUCUCUAGGGAAGAACAGUUCCGCAGUGCUUUAUUCAAGACAGAACUCUGCUAGUCACCUCUUUACGCUGACAGUCCUUAGUAACCACGUGAACGAGAAAGUGGAGAUGCUGCUGGGAGCUGAGACUCAGAGCGAGCGAGCCCGCUGGAUAACUGCCCUGGGACACAGCAGCGGGAAGCAGCCUCCGGACCGAACCUCACUGACCCAAGUGGAAAUCAUUAGAUCAUUUACUGCCAAGCAACCAGAUGAACUCUCCCUGCAGGUGGCGGACGUGGUCCUCAUUUAUCAGUGUGUCAGCGAUGGCUGGUAUGAAGGGGAAAGACUGCGAGAUGGAGAAAGGGGCUGGUUUCCUAUGGAAUGUGCCAAGGAGAUAACAUGUCAAGCUACAAUUGAUAAGAAUGUGGCGAGAAUGGGACGUUUGCUGGGACUGGAGACCAACGUGUAGCCUCUCUGAUGGUAUUUUGUCACUGGGAGAUUUGCACUACAUCAAUGGUGGGCUGGUUGGUUCAAGGCCGGUUUUGAUGUUAAUUUUAACACAGCCUAUUUAAUUAAAAGAAAGGAAACACUUGCCUUUAAGCUUGCCAGGUGGUUCUGUUCUCCCAGGAGAACAGCUACUGGAUAGUUAGUCCACAAAGCUCAGUUUGUGCACAGCAAUCCUUUUGCAAACCUCUUUAGGUAAACAGAAUGGCUGAGCAGUCCACUUCAGGGAUCAGGCAGCCUCAGCUACUCCUAGUUGUAUCAUGUUCUGGCAUAAAAAAUAUAUAUAUAUAUAUGUAAGAUGCUGUAUCCUGGUUUUCUCUAUCCUCACUUAACCAAGGAUGUAUACUAUCCCUCUUUAAA